AUGUCGUCCCAACCACUGCUAGGCCACAACUCAGGCCACAGCUCGCAACGGAAGAAGGAUUCCUCAAAUCAGCGAAGCAGUGCAUUCCUCUUCCUGAACAUCCUGACCGGAGGGCUGGUGGCACCCAGCGCCACCACCUACGACUCCAUGGAGAUCAUCCUCAACACGGAGGACCCCGAGGAGCGCGACGAGCUGACGCGCACCUGGCGGAACCACAAGCUGGAGGAGCUGAACUUUGUGGGUGUGGUGGGCGGUCUCCUCUCCGGCUGCCUAACCUCCACCGGCGCCUGGCCCAACGUAAUGGCCAACGGCCAAGACAAGCCGUGGUCCGUAAAAGCCUUCUGGUACAGCGGCAUAAUAUUCGCCGUCUUCGCCGUCCUGACAGCCGCCCAGCAGGGCCUGCGGCUGCACCGUUUGUCAGGCCACCGAGACGGGCUCGAGCUGAUUCGGUCUAUCAUGACUGCUGCGCAAGACGGUGACAACACGGCUCCGGACGGGGAUGGAGGCAGGGUACGCGUCCGGCCGCGGAAGAUGCAGGUCUAUGCGUGGCAGGCCAGUCUGGCGUUCCUGGUGGGCGCUGUGGUCUGCUUGAUUGCGGGGAUCACGGUGCUGGUGUGGACGGCUGCUGCCUGGGGCCCGAAGAAGCAGCCUGAGGAUGGGUUUUGGGAUUCGAACGCUCUGCUUGCCUUGGUUUUCACUAUUGUUAUUGGGCUUUCCACGUUUGUUUUUAUUGCUGUUCAGACUUCACUCGCCACUGGUGUUCGCGACGAAAGCUAG